CUGCAUUUAGGCGACAUCGAUGUCAGCGAGGCGAAUCCUGCGGCAAGCAGAGUGGCAGAGAACGGGGGUGAAAACCGUCCCCAACGGACAGUCCAGGCCGAGGGAUCCGAAAAUCAGGAUGGAAAUCGUCUUCAACUACCAGUCGAGACCAAGACAUCUAAAAACAUUGAGGAUCUCAGCCGCUUAGCAAUGUUUGGCAAACAGAAUAGGGUGCUUCGCCGAUUUCAGAUUCAGCAUGGACAGAAAACAGUAGCAGCAGGUGAAGUACCGUCAUCGGCAAGCACGACAUUGUCAAGCAGGCAUACCGUACAACGCCAAACGCCUACUCGUGGAACAAUUGCAGCGCCUGCUACAAGUGUGCAGUCUUCUGGUUUUCAGCAGACUGGCCCGGUCUCGAACGCAGGAGCUCGCUUAACUUCUGUGAGUGUGAGAAAAAGGGAGACUAUUCCCAAUCGCUCUGCCACGCACACAGCAAAAAUGAAGCCUGGUUCUGAAACCGAUGAUGUGGCUCGCUCUACACCAUUCGAUCAAGCUAACCUCGCGAUGAGUGUUAACCAAGUAGGGGUUGGCUCAGAAAGACGUGCCCGAGAUCGAGCACCUCGAACAAAUGCCAGUAGCUCAGCUAAAAUUUCGCAACGUAAUGGCUCUGGGCACAUCGGUCGUUGCCCGCAACCCGCAGACGGGUUUCUAAGCAGUGCUACUGUUUCGAGCAAGAACGAAUACCAUUGUGUGUUGGUCACUCGCGUUCCAAGCAUAGCUCGCUCCACUUCGACUACGAGAAAUACUAGAAAUGCAGCGUCUACUGCUUUGGUUGUCACGAGUGCUAAUAGAGACACCUCAAUCGUUCGCCGUCUCGUUGCUAGUGCUUCUCGUGCUGGAACUAUUAAAAACCCUAGUAGUCCUCCAGGCGUGACGAGCUCGGUUGGAUUGUCAAGUGAUAGAACGUUUACGCUGACUCAUGGUUCUCUAGGCAGGACGAUGCCAGUCGUAUCUCCUCUAAACAGGACUAGCCGGUUGUAUCGUCAAGCCUGGUCAUUUCUUCCCGUACUGGAGCUGGGACAACCGGAAGCGCUAAAGCGCAGCAGGCCUUCUGAUCACAUGAAUCUUCAGAUCGGCUCGACAACAGGCUCGACAGUAAAAGUUGGGCAACAUCGAGCUCGGCUGCAGAGGCACGGUCCAGGAAAGUUUUGA